CAUAUCAAAUUGUAUCAGAAUGCCCGUAUAGGAUGUAUCCAUUUUUUUCAUUGUCAUUUCUCUGAGGACAUAUGGACGGUUUUUGUGCUGCGUAGUUUGUGUAAUUUAUUUCCGUCAUAAUCAUUUGCCAUCGCCUUCAGGUUAAUACAAUGUGGAAGUAGUCUUUUCUGCAAAGAUGCUUGAUGCCAGCAAGUGGCCAAUCUUUAGUAUACUUGAGCAAGGGGAUUUGGAGAAAAUAAAGAAGAUAUGUGUGUUUGGAAGUUCUGGAAAUGAAGCAAUAUACAUAACAAAUGAUGAUGAAGUGUAUGCCAUCGGAUCGAACUGCAGCAGCUGCUUAGGGUUGGGUGAUGCUCACAGCAGCUUUGAACCAAGAAAAGUGGAUGUAUUGUGCAAGAAAAAUAUUGUUGAUAUAGCUUUCGGAAGUGGGCCUCAUGUUCUUGCAGUGUCCAAAAAUGGAGAAAUGUACAGUUGGGGUCACAAUGGAUACUGUCAGCUUGGUAAUGGGGGUUCAGGACAGGGGCUAACUCCCACUCUAAUCAAUACAAACCUACAGGGUAAAAAGAUUUUAAGAGUGGCCUGUGGCAGCCAUCACUCUAUGGCUCUUUCACAAGAAGGAGAGAUAUUUGCUUGGGGACAAAACAACUGUGGACAAGUUGGCUCUGGUUCUACAACAAACCAGCCAACUCCGAGAAAAGUUGUGGCAGUUAUAGGAAACAAAAUGGCACUGUCCAUUGCUUGUGGCCAGACUUCAUCAAUGGCAUUGUUAGAGAAUGGAGAAGUGUAUGGAUGGGGUUACAAUGGUAACGGACAACUUGGUCUUGGGAACAAUGUCAAUCAACCAAAUCCUUGUCGUGUUCAGCAACUCCAGGGGGUCAUUAUCUCUCAGUUGGUGUGUGGCUAUGCCCACACUUUGGCACUCUCAGAUGAAGGUUCUCUCUUUUCCUGGGGGGCAAACUCUUACGGUCAGCUGGGCACCGGGAACAAGGCCAAUCAGGUGUCACCUUCCAAGGUCCCGAUGAAUGGUGAAAGAAUGGUAGAGAUAGCAGCCAGUCAUUAUGCUCACAUCUCUGCAGCCAUGUCGGAAACAGGGAAAGUUUUUAUGUGGGGUCAAUGUCGGGGUCAGUCGUUGACCUCUCCAAUGCUCACCAAGUUCACUUGCACUGAUGAUGUGUUCUCUGCAUUCUCAUCCCCUUUAGUCACCUGGAGAACAUAUACUAUUGAUCAUGUAAAAGGAUUCAGCAUUAUUGAGAGUCUAUCCAAGGCCUUUGAUGACCCAAUAACAUCAGAUAUCAAGUUUAUAGUGGAAGGGAGAGAUAUACAUGUUCACAAAUCUGUGCUCAAAAUCAGAUGUGAACAUUUUUCUUCGAUGUUUCAGUCUUGCUGGGAUGAAGACGGAAGAAACUCCAUAGAAGUCAGUCAGUUUUCAUAUGCCGUGUACAAAGCAUUCCUUCAAUAUCUGUACACAGACCAAGUCAACUUAAAACCAGAAGAGGCCAUAGGUUUGUUGGACCUUGCUAAUGCUUAUUGUGAGGCUUCGUUGAAGCGCAUGUGUGAACAAAUUAUCAAGAAAGGCAUAACUACAGAAAAUGUUGCCAUGCUCUAUGCUGCGGCUGUCAAAUUUGAAGCCAAGGAACUUGAGGACUUCUGCUUUCGCUUUGCUCUGAAUCACAUGACGGCAGUGGCGCAGACACAGGCUUUCUUUCAGUUGGACGAUUUGGUUCUCAAGGAGUUUAUCCGCAAAGCAGCCAUAGCUGGGGCUUUUAAGUACUGAACAACAUGAAAAGAAUGACAGAAACACAAAGCUAUAUUCCCUUUGUUGAGAUUAUUUAUUGAUGUCAACUAUUUUGAUGCUAAGCAUUUCUGAGGUCAUUCAUGUAUAUGUACGAUAUGAGUAAUGCUUAUCUAUAUUUUUGAGAUAUUUGCAACUUCAAAUUGUCUGUAAGGUGAAGAGGAUUAGGUGACAUUACUAGAUAUAAAUCAAAGCAAUUCUUGAUACAUUGCAUUACCAUUUGGAAAGCACAAUGUUUUUUUACAAAGUCAAGUGGGUUUUUUUUUAAGUCAACUACUGUAUUUAUAAGAAUUCAGUUGUUAAGCAUUUUAACAUUUUUUGUGCAACAUUUGCCAGAAUGACAAUUUAAUGAAAUAUGAAAUAAAUGUAAUUGAAAAAAAAAAUGUGUGUAUGACUGGUAUGUUUUUUUCAAGGUUAUGGCAAUAUUAAAAUGUAUGUGUACAAUUUUUUUUCUGCUUUUCUAGAUAGUAAUUAGCUUUUCUUUUCUGCUUAUCAGUACAUCACAUAUACAGGUUGGCAAUGAUAAGUAAAUGAUGUUUAUUUAAAGGUCAAAGGUCACUGGAGUUUCCGGUACAUUGCCCAAUCAGUAUUUUGAAGAAGCAUUUAUGGACACAUAUAAUGUCAUACAUUGGAAUGCAUUUCUCAUUUUCCAAUAAUGUCUACAUGUACAUACAUAUGUAUUUGUUGUGAAUAUUUAGUUUAAGGAAACAUUGUUCAUACAAAGGAUUAUGGAUUAUCUAAAUGUAAUUGUUGGAUGUACAGAGCUCUCCAAGAGUGUAAAGAUUUAGUACAUGUAUAAAAGCUGUACCUGUAUUUGCAUUUUGUUGAUUUUGUUAUUGUUUAUUGAAAUAAAAAUUGCAUAGCUACUGAU